AUGUAUCAAAGCGAAGAGCAUUUUAAUAUUGCAUUGGGGGAUGCAAAGACAAAUCCAAAUAAUAGAAAAAAAGUUGUUAUUCACCCAAUUGUAUUAUUGUCGAUUGUAGAUCAUUAUAAUAGGGUUGCAAAGGGCACUUCAAAAAGAGUCGUUGGCACAUUGCUAGGAGAGCUUCAUAAUACAGAUGAGAUUCAUGUCACAAAUAGCUAUGCUUUGCCUUUUGAGGAGGAUUCAAGAGACCCAAUGGUUUGGUAUAUAGAUCAUAACUAUCAUGAACAGAUGUAUUUAAUGUUUAAAAAGAUUAAUACAAAAGAAAAAAUUAUCGGUUGGUACAGUACCGGUCCUAAAACUAAGGUUGUUGACAUUGAUAUCCAUGAACUUUUUAGGAGAUAUUGUGCUGACCCAUUAUAUUUGAUUGCCGAUGUAACUGCCAACGAUUUUGAAUAUUUGUCCAACCCAAUUAGCGCAUAUUUUUCAAUGGAUGAUCCUAACAGUAUCUUGAGGAAAAAAUUUGUACAUAAUCCAUGUACAAUUGGUGCGUUUGAAGCAGAAGAAGUUGGGGUGGAACACCUAUUGAGAGAUUUAAAAAACACCUCGACCUCAUCUCUUGUUUCGCAAAUUUCAGACACAAUAAACUCUUGCAAAAUACUAAUCUCUAAAUUGCAAGAGUCUAAGAUCUACUUUAAUGACAUAAUAGAAGGUAAAAUACCCCCAAAUCAUGGCAUUGUCUCUAUUUUUCAAGACAUUUUUAACUUACUUCCGGACUCCAGCGAACCAGAGAUAAUUUCCGCGUUUUCCAAUAGGUAUGCGGAUAUGAUUUUAACAAUAUAUGGGAUGAGUUGUUUACGUUCUGUGCUUUCUAUGCAUGAUCUAGUUAAUAAUGUUUCUGAGAAUAGGACGGCUUUCGAGUUGAGUAUGAGAAAUUGUAACUCUGACUUUUAG